AUGGCGGCUGAGGAGGCGGCUCGGGCGGGAGGGCGGCGAGGCAGCAGGUGAGGCGGGCGAGGGGCGGGCGGGGCGGGCGGAGGGCGGCAGGUGAGGCGGGCGAGGGGCGGGCGGAGGGCGGCGGGGCCCAGGGCGCUCUGCCCGUGCUCAGAGGCGGCCUUCUCCUUCCCGGCGCAGCGGAGCCCCCGCCCUGGACAGCCUGGUGUGCCGCCCGCCGCUGACGCCGGCGCUCUCGCCGCGGAAACGGACCACGAGCCAGUCCAAGACGGAGCCGCCGCUGCUGCGGACCAGCAAGCGCACCAUCUACACGGCCGGCCGCCCGCCCUGGUACAACGAGACCGGCACCCCCUUCAAGGAGGCCUUCGUCAUCGGUGAGCGGGGGGGGGGGAGGGAGGGAGGGACCCAGGCGCCCGCGGAGACGGCAGGAGGGGCUGCCAAGCCCAGGCGGGCCGCCCUCGCAAUUGCAGCAGCUGCUGGGCUUGGGGGCGCCGUCUGUUGCGGGGGCCGCCUGAGGACAAGGAGGCGGGGGGGGGGGGGGCUGCAGCCCGGGGCAGGCGGGGGAGAGGCUGGAGGGAUGGGGGACCCCGCCCAGCGCUUCCUGCAUUUGCCUGCAGGGGGAGGGGGGCAGCUCUUUCCGGGGGUCUCCCUCCUCCCUUGGUUCUCUCUUGCCAGCUGAGUCACCCGAUUGCUUCCUGGCAGUCAGAGUGGCAGAGAUGACUUCAGAGUGCCCUUUCCUUGGGUGGGAAAGGUGACGCCUGCAUUGCAGAGGGUUGGGCUAGAUGACCCUUGGGGGUCCUUCUAACACUACAGUUCUGUGAUUCUGUGGGUGCAGCUCUCUCCCCCUUGCCUUGUGCCGCGGAAGAGCUGGCCUUGGAUCAUUUCCCCCCGCAAGGCUGGCCAGGACCUUGCCUCGGUGGCGGAGCCUCUUGGCUUGCCCUCUGCAGCUGGGCCCCUCGGCUGAAGGGUCCCGGUAUCUCAUGGGCCUCCCUCUCUCUCAGGCUUGUGUGGUGGAAGUGCCUCGGGCAAGACCACGGUGGCCAACAAGAUCAUCGAAGCCCUGGAUGUGCCUUGGGUGGUGCUGCUCUCCAUGGACAGCUUCUACAAGGUGGGUGGGGUCUCCUGCCCAGCUCCAAGCCCGGAUCUGAUGGGGGCGGGUCCCCUCUGCCUCUCUGAUCCGCCCCUCCCUCCCCCUGCGCUCUCCCAGGUGCUGAGCAAGGACCAGCAGCAGCUGGCUGCCUGCAACGAGUACAACUUUGACCACCCCGAUGCCUUUGACUUUGACCUGCUGAUCAGUGUCUUACGGAAGCUCAAGGAGGGCAAAAGUGUCAAAGUGCCCGUCUACGACUUCACCACGCACAGCCGGAGCAAGGAGUGGGUAUGUGGGGCGAGACUGGGAAGAGGGAACUGAGGCCCCCUCCCUCAGUCUUUGCUGCGUCAUUCCCUCAAGGCCCAAAGGAGCCGUCCUCCGUGAGGCUGGGCGGGAGCCACAAAGGGACCUGCGCUGUAUUCUGCAGCUGCAAGGAGUGGCGCAGUUUGCUUGCGUUUACCUGAACCUGAAGUCAGUUUGUGAGGGGAAGCAGGGAGCAGAAGCUGCAUUUCUGCACAGGGCUGUUUUGAACCAAAAGACCGCUCUGCUGGUGGGUGGUGUCCCCGAGGCGCUGCCAAGGUGUGCUGCUGUCUUCCUGCUGCUCUGGUCCCUUACAGCCGUGUCCCCCUGCUUGGGCCCAGCUACAAAACGCUGCUCUGAAUUCCCAAACUUUGUGUUGCUUCUGAAGCCCACUUGGGGUGAGGAAGGGAGCUCUUCUUCUGGGCUGCGGCCUCUGGGAAGACGACUCUAUGUGUGAUCGUCAUCCUGGCAUUGCCCUUCUCUCCUUUCACUGAUCUAUGGUAAUUUGUUUAUUUUCUGCCUUUGAGGAUACAAAUCCUUCCAAGGUGGCAUAUGACUCAAGUCAAAAUAUGAUGAUAAAAUCAAAGUGACUGUCCUGAAUUAUAGUUCAUUGUGGUCCUUCCCAAAGGAGUGUGGGUGUCUGUAGAUCCUGGCUGGAGCUGGAGGUGUGUGUGUGUAAACUGGUAGAAGAGGAGAUUCUGGUCUGCAGAAUGUUGCUUUUUGGGUGGGAUGGACAGUAUAUUAUUGAGUGCUGAGCGGGAGGGUUAAUGCUCUCUUAUGAGCACCAGCACCCUGAGAUCCCGGAAGAGAACGCAGAACAGGCCUUGUCUGUUGGUGUUGUAGGGACCACUUCUGGGGGUGGGAGGAGUGGUGGGGGUUUGAGAGCAGAGGACAGAUCUGUCAAGGAUGUAGAGCCGCUUUUGUUUUGAAAUCAGUAGCAGAGGCUGCCCACCCCUUUCAAUGAAUCUCUCCCCAAGGAUGGUGCACCAACUCUUUUUGUGUCUGUGUGUGUAGGGGUGAGGGAAUGUGCACACUCCCAUGUGCGGCUUUCCUGUGGGGGCUCUUUGCCCCUUUGGGACCCAGGUGUACGUGGGACGGCAAGGCCCAGGAGGCAGGCUGGUGGGACUGAGUCUGGGCUCUCUUGGGAGAGAGAGGUUGCCGGCCAGCCUGGAAGAGGCCAGGAGACCAGGAGACCAUCUCCUGGGUGGCUUGAAAAGAGGGUGGGACAAAUUCACGGAGGGGAGGGCUAUCCAUGGCUACUAGCCAAGAUGGAGGCAGCCGUGCUUCUCAAUGGAAACCACAGGAGGGCCGUGUGCUGCUUGUGGGUUUCCCUCAGGCAGCUGUUGAGCCACUGUGAGAACCGGAUGCUGCAGUCAGUGGGACCCCAUUUGGCCUGAUCCAGCAGGCUCUUCUGAGGUUCGUAUGGGUGCUGGGUGCUCCCCAGGUAGUCUGAUACAUCCUUCCUCCUCUCUCUGCAGAAAACCAUCUAUGGGGCCAAUGUGAUUGUGUUUGAAGGGAUCCUGGCCUUUGCCAAUAAGGAGCUCCUGCAGGUAUGGAAAGAGGGGGUGUUCCAGGCAGGGGCUACCUUACAGGCCCUGUUUCCCAAAUGUGUCUCGUUUGUGGGAGCCCCAUGCAGGAGGCUGCCUCCCCAGGACCCACAUUUGGGCUGGCCAGAGGGGGAGGCCUCCCCACAGAGGCCUGAGCCUCCCACCCUCUUCCUCGCGACUCCUGCAGCUCCUGGACAUGAAGGUCUUUGUGGACACCGACUCGGACAUUCGGCUGGUGCGGCGCCUGAAGAGGGACAUCAUGGAGCGUGGGCGAGAAGUGGCCGGCGUCAUCAAGCAGUACAGCAAGUUUGUGAAGCCGGCCUUUGAGCAGUACAUUGAGCCCACCAUGCAGGCGGCGGACAUUGUGGUGCCGCGAGGUGAGGAGGGGAGGCCCACGGGGUCUGCGCAGGAGGUGGCUUUGUUCCCUGUGUCCCGAGAGGGCGUUGGGGGACGCUGGGAGAUCCCUCUGGAAAGGGGGGAGAGGCUGGGUGGGCAGGAUCUUUCUCCCUUGGACCCCCUUCCCUCUGUGUUCAGGCUGGCUGCUGCACUCCUUCCUGCUCUUAGUUCUUUGCACGGGAGUCACCAAUCCCGGUUUGCAGCUGCCACCACUCAAACCUUGAAGGUGGAGUUCAGCAUUAAACCUCUGCUAGGUUUCUGCAAGGCGUGUUGAGGCCUCCAACUGGGGGGCUCUAAAUGAGGAUCAGGCAAAGGCAUGGGGGGCAGGCCAGGCUCUCCUUGGCACCUAGAUGGGUUGGCUGUGGAACAGAGGCCCCCUGCCCCUGAAUACACCUUGGCUGGAGAUCCUGUUGGGGGGGCGGUCACUCUCACCUCCUGUGUGUGGGCAUCUCAAAGGCCUAUGUCUGGCCCCUGGGAGAACAGAAUGCCGGGCGCGAUGAGCCCCUGGCCCGCUGUACAGGAGAGAGCUCUCAACUGCAUUCUAUAAAGUAUCUGCCAGUUGGGUACCGCAAUACUUUACAAAACCAUUUCUCCCCUCCACAAUCAUAGGAGGCCUGAAAAAUCUCUGGGAGCUUCACCAAGGAUUGAGCUAAUCUCUGAGCCAAGUAGAACUGGUUCAUGUACUGGGCAGGACCCUCUGGUGCAGCCAGCAGGGGCCAGUAAGUCCCUGUAGGCAUUUCAGAAUAUUUAGGAGCCCGUCUGCAAAGCGUCUUGGGAUUGUGGAAGCAGGAACUCAAGAUGUCCUGGUGUCCCGGGAAGGAGAAGGGGCCGGGCCAAGAUGCCACGUGGGCAAAGGAGUCGACCUCCCUCCCCUCAAGAGAUGGACCUUUAGCCGUUUAUCCAUUGCUUCACAACCCUUGGAAGCAUGGUCUGAGCUGGUGCCCAGGGCCUCUCCUCUUUUAAAGCUGUUCAGGUUGGUGGCCAUCGCUGCCUCCUGUGGAAGGGAGUUCCAUAGUUUAACUCUGCCCUGUGUGAAGGAGUCCUUUUCUUUUAUCUGCCUUGGAUCUCCCGGCAUUUGGCUUCCCAGAGGAGGAAGUGCCAGAGCGCCAACUCUGCCAUCCCUGCCCUGUUGGAGCAAGUGCGCCCAAGUCUUUCUGAUGGGCUCCUCUCCUCCCCCCUUGCUGUUUCUCCAGGUGGGGAGAACUUUGUGGCUCUGGAUCUGAUUGUCCAGCAUGUGCACAGCCAGCUGGAGAAGGUGAGGAGGUCGGUGGGGGGGGGGCCUUUGGGGCAGCAUGGGGUGGGCGUGGGGACCUGUCUCCACUGCUGCAGGGUGGUCCACAGCCCCGUGCGGUCACUCUUCCUUCUUCUCAUCACCCGCUUCUUGGCACCUCGGUUUGUCCUGGUCUCAGCCUGGCCCCGGACCCUGGGCAGGUGAUCCCUGAACGAGGCUCAGUCCCGCGCUGGGCUGCCCCCCAGUGACAGGGCCUGGGGUUGGGAGGUGGGAAGCCUGUGGGGGCAGAGCUGGGGGUGUGCAGUGACGGCUGUUCUGUGUUUCUCUCCACCUCCCCCCGCCCCCCCCCCCUGUAAUGACUCUGCUGCCUCCCGCUGUGGGCCACUCCUGCCUCCGCUCAGCGCGAAAUCACGGUCAGGUAUGACGGCGGCCCUGAAGGAGCAGAGCUUGGACCCUCGCCUCCCCCCCCCAAAAAACCCCCUUCCUGGUGCUUUCCCAGCCACUCAGCAAGCCAGCCAGCGAGGGAGCAGGGGGGAGGGCUGGGCCCUGCAGCUGGGGGGGGGGGGAGAAGGCAAGGAGGGGGUGCAGGUUGUCUGGGGAGGGGACUAGACCCACCACUUACUGGGGCUGCGUUGUGCUGCCAGGCCUUUCUGGCUGGUUCCCUUGGGGAGCAUGCUGGGUUGGGCUGCCACCUCUGGCAAGUUCCCUCCGCCUGCUUGUCUUUGGUGGGGCUGCUGAUAGGCUUCCCCUCUGCAUUCCUGGGGGAGCUCCAGCCCUCUUUGGGGCGCUUCUGCUUCGCCAACCCCCCUCCCUGCUUUUUGAACCCUGCUUGCUGGGUGGCAGCAUCUGUGUGGACCCUGCAUUGCAGGGGACUGGACUAGAUUCUACGUACGAUUAUCUGUUGGCUAAAUUUCUUAGUCGCUUUAUCUCGCCCAAGGCAACCCAAAGCGACCUGCAACCACCAGAGCAACGUUCUCCCCUGCCUUGCCUUGUCCUUCCUGGCUGCUGGAGGGGGGAGAGAGGGGGAGGAGCUGCUCUGGGCCUUCCUUCAGUGGGGUGCAGGGGGAGAUGUAGGCUGCCCCCUCGCCUGCCUGGGUCCUGUGGGGCACUCCUCCUCCUCCUCUCCCCCUCCUGCCACCCCCCUGCACCUGGCAGGAAGCCGCUGCCCUCGUUGCCCUCCUCCCUAACACCCUGUCUGUCUGUCUGUCUGUCUGUCUCUCUUCCUUCCCUCCCUGCUGGCCCUGGGCGUCUUCACCAGAGGAAGCUGCGCUGGCAUAUGUGAGGACACUUGGUCUCCUUUGGCUCUUCCCCGCUGCGCCUCCCGCCCCUCCCCUGUGUCUUGUGCUCGGUUUUGAGUGGGGCGGAGUGUGGGGAGAGGAGGGGCAGGGCAGAGCGGAGCUGGUGGAGAGGAAGAGGGACAAAGUGCGCCUGACUCCUCUGGGCGAGGACCCCAGGGAUGGGGGGCAGACAGGAGCCUUGACCCUCUGGCAGAGUAGUGCAUGUGGCAAGGAGCCCCCUCCCUGCUGGGAGACGAGGGCAGCCCCCUUUGCCUGCUUGGCGCCAAAAGGCUCCGUAAACGAAGGUUGCAGUUGCCAAAACUGAAGGUCCAGUUGCCAUUUGGGGACCAGGCGGCUUGAAAGUUGUAUUUUUCAAUAUGUCUUUGGUUCCUGAAAUUCAUUCUCAUUGUGCAGAUAAAAUAUAGCUGGUAGAAUUCUGCAGGAUGUGUUGCUAGAGUGUGAAAACAGUCCAGACCCAAGGUUCCCCAGGCAGGCGCCUCCAGGCAGUGGUGAUGUCAGGCGGCCUCCUGGUGCCUGGCCAUCUUCACUUGGUUGCAAGCGGCCAAUAGCCAGGUGCAAAAUGCGCCUGGAGAAAUUCUAGCGCUGGCCCGGGGUGGAGGGGCUGGGAAUUUGGACUUCCAGUGGCAGGGGGAUUAUCCAAGAACUCCCUAGAGUGGGAACAGUAAGGGGGGGUUUCUUUGAGGCGCAAUGGGCUGGCCCCACUUUCCCCCCGGGUCAGGGCAUUGAGGGAUGUGAACCAGGCGAGGCGGAACUGCAUGGGGAGCAGCUGGCCCUGUCCUGUAGCCGGCCAGCCGACCCCUUGCUGGGGAGCUCUCAACUUCCUCCUCCUCCUCCUCCUCCUCCUGCACAGAGCAGCCUUGGCCUCGGCCCACCAGGGACAGCCCUUGCCAAAGACCCUCAGUGUCCUGGACAGCACACCCCAGGUCCGCGGGAUGCACACCAUCAUCAGGUACUGGGGGGUGGCAAGGUCUGAGAGGGCUGGGUUGGGGGGCAGGGGAAUCGGCGCUUCCUCCUUUGAUGGAGGUUUUGAAGCAGAGGUUGGGUGUGUGGUGGAUGAGUAGGAGAGGAUCUUUUAUCUAGUAAUGAUCCUUUGACUUGUGAGAACACAAAUACCUAUUUCAGUAGAAUUGAAAAUCGCUAUCUAUCCGCCUCUGAAAACUAUUAGGACACGCUUGCAUAACUUUUUAGAACAACCAUGAUAUCCAAGGAUGCUUUAGGCAGAUUUGGGUUAUAUUCUCCCUCUUAACAAAAAAGAGUCACUCAGACUAAGUAAGAAAAAAAUAAGGUUUACUCACAUCAUAGUCUUGCCAGGAUUCAACAGUUACAGUGACAAAAAUCAGGCAGGCAGUAAUCCUUAGACGCCACAAAUAUCCAGAUCAAACUGGAGAUUGCUUUCUGGAGGAGAGCAAAGAAACGUCCUUCCCCAUCACAGGUAGGAAAAAGGGCGUGUGGUGACAGGAAGAAGUGGAGAUGGUUUCUAUGGUUCCCCUUCCUGCCAGAAAGGUUUAGAGGAGACGCCCCCAUAGAGACCCCUGUCUGGGACUAUCUAGCCGCCAUGCAACUUGCCAUUUGGCUGUAGAUCCUCCCGCAAGAUGGGCACUUUUUAGGGAAGCUUCAGCUGCCACUCUUAGCAUUGUGGGGGGCUGGACUAGAGGACCCUUGGGGGUCCCUUACAGUUCUCUGAUUCUGACGCUGUGCCAAUCCUGCCUUCUCCCCACACCUCCCCUGCCUCUGCUUCCCCACCCAGGAACAAGGAGACCACCCGGGACGAGUUCAUCUUCUACUCCAAGCGCCUCAUGCGCCUGCUGAUUGAGCAUGCCCUCUCCUUCCUGCCCCUCAAGGUGCGUGCGCCUCCUGCUCCCAUUGCUGCAUGGCAGGAGUGGACUAAAUGGCCCUUGGGGGACCCAUCCACUUCCAGUUCUGGGAUUCAGCAUGCCACAGGAGCCCCUGGAGGCGGCACAGCCACUCCCAGGGUGAGCGUGAUGGCUGGCUGGCUGGUUGGCUGGUUGGCAGCUCCCCCUCGCGGGCAAUGCCCAAGAGCCUGCCGGGCUCUCCUGCCUCCCGCCCACCCUUGUCUUCCGUGGCCUUUUGCAGCCGGUGACGGUUGAGACGCCGCAAGGGACGGUCUACGAGGGAAAGCGGUUCCAUCGGCAGCGGGUGAGUCACGCUCCGUGCACGGAAGUGUCUCGGGCUCCGCUGGGUGGGAGAUGACUCUGGCCGGCAGCCAAUGCGCAGGGCCUUUCCACAGGAGCUGCUGCUGCUGGGUCUUUGGCCCAGCCCUUGCGCUGCCGAGCUGUGGGCUUCUCCCCAUUGGACGGAGGGCAGGGACGAUCCUGUGCCGGGCGCUGAGGGCCGCCGGAGACAAGUUCCUCUGCUUCCUCCUCUCCCAGAUCACUGGCGUCUCCAUCCUGCGGGCGGGAGAGACGAUGGAGCAGGCUCUGACGGCCGUCUGCAAGGACAUUCGCCUGGGCAAGAUCCUCAUCCAGACCAACCACAACACAGGGGAGCCAGAGGUAGCGAAGGGGAGGGGGCUGGCGGGAGGGCAGGGGCCGCCUCUCCCCACGGCUAAGACUGACCUGCGCCCCCUUCCCCCCCUCCUCUUGCAGCUGCACUACCUCCGGCUCCCCAAGGAGAUCAGCGAGGACUAUGUCAUCCUGAUGGACAGCACGGUCUCCACGGGGGCAGCAGCCAUGAUGGCCAUCCGAGUGCUGCUGGUGUGUGAGGAGACCCUGGCGAAGGGGAGUGGGGGGCAGGGGGGAGCUUGUGGGGCCGGGACCCCUGCAUGGGGCUGCUCAGGGCCCAGGAACAAGCAGGCCUUGUUUGCCUGUGUUUUUGGGGGAGGGCAGGCAGGCGACCGGAAGAGGGUUAUGAUUGCCAGCAGAGAAUCAGAGUUGGCAGGGGUCCCCUUGAUUCAUCUAGUCCAUCCCCCUGCCAUGCAGGAGGGAGCUUGGAGGUGUGCCUGUGGAAAGCAGUGUGUGCCAGACGCAGUUUGGGGCCCGCUUGGCUGCUGGCACUGUCCUCCAAGUGAUGUUUGCCAUCUGUGCACUGGAGGUGGCAAGUCUAGAGGACCCCUGGGGGUCCCUUUCAACUCUGUGUCUCUCUGCCUCAGGACCACGACGUCCAGGAGGACCGGAUCUUCCUGCUCUCCCUGCUGAUGGCCGAGAUGGGGGUCCACUCGGUCGCCUACGCCUUCCCCCGGGUGCGCAUCAUCACCACAGCCGUGGACAAGAGGGUCAGCGAGGAGUUCCACAUCAUUCCAGGCAUUGGUGAGCAAGAGCUCUGCUGGGGGGGGGCUUCACCUGCUCCUGAGAGGCCCCCACUUCCUGUGGAGGGGCAGAACCAGCUCAAGGUGGGGGGCUCUGUUCCCUGUCAGAGAAAGAAGCUGCUGCCCUGGGAGGGAGUUCUCCGGUUCCCCGAUGGGCAGUGUUGCCAGUUCCCUUGUGGGCCGGGAGGGGAGAGAACGCUUGUGCUCGGAUCCUGCUUCCUGGUUUGCUCCCAUAAUGGGCGUCUGGUCGGCUGCUGUAAGAACAGGAUGUUGGCCUAGAUGGGCCACUGGCUGGUCCCAGCAGACUUUUCUUACGUUCUCAUGGAACUUCCACAUCUAGAGGAAGUCUGUCUAGAUUCCUGGGUUCUUUGGGGGUGUUUGGUGAGAACAGGAGGCUGCUCGAUGCCCCCUUGGGCCUGAUCCAGCAGGCUCUGUUCUCCUCCCUCGCCUGCCUCUGUGACCCCUGCGGCUUGCCUUUCCUCAGGGAACUUCGGCGACAGAUACUUUGGCACCGACAGCGCCCUGCCCUCCUGGUACGAGGGAGACUGCAUGGACUGCUGA